AUGGUUCCCACAGCGGCCCCCACCCUCGUCUCUCUGCUGCUGCUCCUGAGCGCAGUGCCCAUGGCGCCCCACUCGGUGCCCCUGCAGGCCGACUUCCUGGAGGAAGCAGGGGGCAGCGGGGAGGCCGAAGGCUCGUCUGCCUCCUCCCCAAGCCUGAUGCCGGCCUUCAACCCCACGUCAGGGGGGCCCCGGCCCACAGUGUUGGCCGGUCCCCCGACCCCCGACAACUUAAUGGACGGGAUCGUGGACUUCUUCCGCCAGUAUGUGAUGCUCAUUGCGGUGGUGGGCUCACUGAUGUUCCUGCUCAUGUUCAUCGUCUGCGCCGCGCUCAUCACGCGCCAGAAGCACAAGGCCUCCGCCUACUACCCCUCGUCCUUCCCCAAGAAGAAGUACGUGGACCAGAGUGACCGGGCCGGCGGCUCCCGGGCCUUCAGCGAGGUCCCUGACAGGGCUUCAGUUGGCCGGCCCGAGGACGUCCUGGACUCCUCCCAGCAGCUGCAGGCCGACAUCCUUGCCGCCACCCAGAACCUCAAGUCCCUCACCAAGGCUGCCCCUGGCAGCAGGGACGGAGCCAAGGCUGUGGAGUUUAAGUCUGCUGAGGAGGAGGAGGGGAGCAGCCCAGGAGCGGACAAGGAGGCUCAGGGACUCCCAGCAGAAAGCCCCACCAAGGCACCUGAGGAGCCCUGCUCAGUAGGGCCCGAGGAGGGGUUGGGGGCUGUUGAGGGCCAAGGGGAUCCAGAAGCGGUGCCUUCCUUAGUCCAGGAAGUGGGGGACCCCGCUGGUCCCCCUGAGAGCCUCUGUGCUUGUAGCAGUGUUACCCCCAUUGUCUAA